CUCGCCCGCUUCGUUUAUCGCCCGCCUGGGAGCCGGGUCGAAACCAUCCAGCGCUCUGCUGCACCCGGCCUUGCUCACAUUGUCUUUCCGCGCGUCUGCGGAGACAAAAAAAUGUCUAGUGCUCUCCAAACAGCUCCACAUCAGCCGACGUCAGUUCCUGGUCUACACACGCCGCCCCUGACUGCCCCUUCGCAGUUCAAUCGACAACAGUCGUCGACCCAUCCAUCUCCGACACAGGAGGCUCACGGCUAUCAUGCAAAUCAGCAAUCGUCGGGAGCAUCACCAGCAUCUUUGUCGCGACAUCCCUCCCGCAAUCCCAACCUGCCAAUGAACUCCCGCGCCGCCAUUGCUUCCCCAGUUCCUAUGCCCGUGGCUUCGCCGAUAGCUUCUCAUAACCAGCAUCACGCAAACGCGGAUCGAAGACAGAAUAUGCCUGCCAUCGUUCCGCCGCGGACGUCAAGCUCCCGGCGCGCGCAACCGACCGAGCGGGCCACCGACUCACCCCGCCGAACCCAGGGUGAUUACAGCCGCGAUACGAAUGGGAGGGUAGACCCAGCCGACUACAGCUCGCGUAGCCGACGAGCGAACGACCAAUUCCACGACGAACAUGCGUCGACCGGUGCUAGCAAUGGUCGCGUAAACUCAUCAACGACCGUGCCGGUCCGCUCACCGCCUCCCGCCUCACAAUCGGCAAAUGGUCCGUCAAGGGAAGCCAGCGAAAUCUUGAACAGCAUAUUGAUCUCUCAACCCGAGGUUGACAUCGAGCGGGAAAAGGAGCGCCUCGCUCUGGCUCAACCACACCAAGCAGCGGGCCUGCAAGAGGAUGACGAGGCCGCGCCGCCCCCGGUAGUUGCAAUGUCAGACAACGCAGAUGAAGCCCGUCGCGGCGGACGGAGCCGGCAUGAUCAUUCGAGACGAGAGAAGCAGACCAAGUUUGGCGAGUACAUCUUGGGCAACACGAUCGGCGAAGGCGAGUUCGGGAAAGUCAAACUCGGCUGGAAGCAAGAUGGUGGUGUGCAGGUCGCGAUCAAGCUCAUCAAGAAAGACCAGCUGGGUGGAAAUCCUUCUCGCAUGGCCAAAAUUAUGCGCGAAGUGGCCAUCUUGAAACAAUUAACUCAUCCUAACAUUGUCAGGCUGCACAAGAUGGAGGAGUCAGAGAGGCAUUUCGGCAUUGUGCUCGAAUACGCUUCCGGAGGCGAGCUAUUCGACUACAUUCUGAACCAUCGAUAUCUGAAGGACAAUGCUGCUAGGCGGUUGUUCGCCCAGCUGGUGUCCGGCGUGGGCUAUUUGCACAAAAAGGGCAUCGUGCACCGCGAUCUGAAACUGGAAAACCUACUGCUUGACCGCAACCGCAACAUCAUCAUUACGGACUUCGGGUUCGCUAACACCUUCGAUCCGUCCGAGGAGCUGACAGAAGAAGAGGAGCUGAACCUGACUGACCGAGAAUUUGUGAAGCGCUUGGGGCUGGACAAGGUCAAGCCAAAUGGCUCAAGAAAAGGGGACCUAAUGCAAACUAGCUGCGGCAGUCCUUGCUACGCAGCACCGGAACUCGUGGUUAGUGACUCGCUGUACACCGGAAGAAAGGUAGAUGUUUGGAGCUGCGGAGUUAUUCUGUACGCGAUGCUGGCUGGAUAUCUACCAUUCGAUGACGACCCCGCAAACCCUGAAGGAGACAACAUCAAUCUCCUCUACAAGUACAUCGUCAACACGCCGCUCACCUUUCCGGAAUAUGUCACCCCCCAUGCGCGAGACUUGCUACGGAGGAUCCUGGUACCGAACCCUCGCAAAAGAGCCGACCUGUUUGAAGUUGCCCGUCAUAGCUGGCUCAGCGAGUAUGCCCAUGUCGUGGAGUUCAUCACUUCGAGCACCACGAGUCCCAAAGACAUACAGAACACCACGGUACCCGCAGAAGAUGAGGAUAUCCCGGUCCUCGCGCGGAGUGCGUCAGUACGCGAGUCGACGAAAAAGACUACGGUCUCACCGCCGAUUGGCGGUCUGGUCAGCAAGCAGGGCACCGUCGACACCGAUGCCGAGGCCUCGCAUGCCAAACAGCAGAGAGACAAUAAGCGCCGUACGGUGCAGGUGGAAUACGUCGCGCCAAAUACAACCACACAACGUGGUGAACCUUCGGGUACGCAGGCGUCCAGCAGCCGUACUCGCGCCCGCUCAGACAAUCAGGGUGCUGUCGAAGUUACGGAAGCUGCCUCAGUAUCGUCACCUAACGAUAAACCGUUACCAAGAGACCCUCCGGCUGUCGAUGACGCCUACGGCAAGACACCGGUUGCCUCGAGGAGGCCGCCAAGUGCUCAUCGCAAUGCUGGCACAUCCAGCGCCGCCGUACGCGGUGGGCGCGAAGCUCCAUUUAUGUCAACUGCGCCAAGCACGUCUGGCGCCAGACCACCAACUGGCGGCUCCAUGCAGUCUACUGGCUCUAGAGGCCCGGGCGCGGGCCAAAGGUCUUCGUACAGCCAGCCAGUACCUCCUGAGGUAGCUGAUACUAAUGCACAAGGGAGGAUCGAACAACCCUCCAGGGGAGGCAGCAGUUACGGAAUCCCUACGUCAGCUUCUCAAGGCCAGAACGAGUAUGGCCGUCCCAGCAUUAGUGUGCCGCCAAAAUUCGCGAGACUGUCCGGGUUUGCCCACGACUCCCCUACCGCCGGCACCAGCGGCACCCAAAGUCCUGAGAUCAAGGGCCACAAACGAUCCAGCACAAUGGGUGAAAUCAGUGGUAAACUCUUCGGUCGGAGCGGGUCGUUGUUCGGCGGCGGUAAGAGCCGAAAGCGGGCGGAGCAGCAACCGGCUGGGGAGAAGGGCAAGAAAUACCCUCCAGUGAGCAUGAACAAUUCUCUGUCGGGAGCCGAUGAAGGUCGGCCGUCCAUGGAUUCGAAGCGCUCACGGAGAUCUUUCUCAAUCGGUCUCGGCAAGAAGACGUCAGGCAGCAUCACGGGUUCACAGAAGUCGCAAGAAAAGCAAGGAAGACGGUUCUCCUUCAUCCCGGCAUCCUUCUCCCUCAAGGCAAUUGGCAUCGGCAAGGACGACAACACACCGCAGCUUGACUCGCAGCAAGAUUUGCCAAUCCAGGAGCCUCCUGACCAGUAUGAUGAGCGCUACGCCGACCCGAACAUCGGCCGGGAACAGCAUGUGGACGCAACAACCUUGGAUGGCAUGUACGAACAGCUGCGCGGCCCUAGGGUGUCGCUGGAUCCAUACGGGAGCCAUCAACAGUACUCUUCUAACGGGUAUGGGCACCCUUCAGCAAGUCAGGGCUACAUGGCCCCAACGAUGUUAAGUGGUGGGUCGGAUCCCUCGGUAGACAACGUACGCCGCCCUGCAGGUUCCGCGCCUCAGCUUCAACAAAUGCCGCAACAAGACGCAGGCUACGAUGGCCGCAGGGCCGCUGGCGGCACCAAGUCCGGCCGUGGCGUUCUACAAAAGAACAAGCGGUUCGUCGACGCCUGGGACACAGACUCGUAUUCGCGCGGUCAUGACCAUUCAGGAAGCAGUGGCCCAGCAAGGAAGGUGAUGGACUUCUUCAGGAGACGAGCGAAAGCCAGGGCCGGUGAGAGUGGCUGAGCAUCUCGGUAAGAGGUGAUUCCGUGGCCGAUUCGCUCGUCAAUGGUCGCGACACUAUACAUAUACCCCUCUAUAUCUGCAGCUAGUACACACCACAUUGGUCAUGGCUGGGUGAGCUUUUGGCGGGCGGAAUGGGCCGGAGUUUGGGCGCCGGGGUCUCUGGAAACACUCAAAAUCAUUACGACCCAAGGAAUCGUCGACCAUUCACAACAGUGGAAGGGCUGACAGGUUCCUUUGUCACUAUCAUCUCUCCUUCGCUGGGAAACUUGAAGAACGGAAGAUACGUUGCUCUUUAACAACCU